AUGAUUUUUAAUAAUUUAAAAAAUCAAAAUAAAAUUAUAAAUUUUUUAAUAAUAUUUUAUUUUUUAAGUUUUUUAAAACAAAUUGAAUCUCAAUCAAUCAAUAUCACAUCAUCAUCAUCCUCUUGGCAAUGUAGAGGUGAUUUAGUAUAUAGAAAUGUAUCAAAUAGAAUAGAAGAUGAAAAAAUUGGUUUUAAUUUUGUACAAUAUAAUGGAACCUAUCAAUCUUGUGUAAUUCCUUGUCCAUCACCUUUUUUUACAAUUAAUGAAUGGAAUAAAUUUUUAAAUAUGUCAUUAGUAAUGGGUACAAUUUCAUUUUUUAGUGGAUUAUUUCUUUUAGUAACCUAUAGCCCAAUUGUAAAUAAAACACAUAAUAGACAUACCAUUGGUGUAAUGUGUAUGAGUUUUGGUGUUUGUUUAGCAAUGUGUUCAGAUAUGUGGAAUUUUGGUUCAAAUUUUACUGAAAAAUCAAUUUGUCCUUCACCUGGUCAAUAUUUAUCAACUUCAAAUGCAAGAUGUUUAAGUUCAGGAAUUUUUUUACAAUUUGGAGGUGUAUUUGGAUUUUUAAAUUGGACAUUACUUAGUUUCGAUUUAUUUAUGAAUAUAAAAGGAAUAAUAACAAAAAAUUAUGAUAAAUAUUAUGUUAGUGGUACUUUUAUUAUUGCAAUUAUAUUUACAUUUGUACCAAUUGUUAAUGACCAAUAUUCAAUGAGUUAUAUAGGAUUAGGUUGUUGGUUAGGUUCUGCAAUGUAUCAAUUAAUUUUCUUUUGGAUAUUAUUAUCAAUUUGUUUAAUCGUAUCAAGUGUAUUUAUAAUUUUAAUUUUAAAAGAAGUUUAUAUUAUUAUUAAAUUAUCAAAACAAAAAACCUCAUUAAAAGGUAAUAUAAGACCAUUGAUAUGUAUUUCAAUAACAGGUUUUGCAUUUUUUUAUAUGUUUUUUUAUUAUAUAUCAAUUGUAGUUGAAGGUGAUUAUUAUGAAAGAGUAUUAAAUGAAUAUACUGAUUGUUUAAUGGAUCCAACAAAAGAUAUUUCAGAAUGUAAAUCUCCAAGAAUGUCAGUAGCAAGUGAAUUUGUAUUUUUAUUAUGUUUGAGAUUAUUAGGAAUCGGUGCUUUUAUAUUUUAUGGAAUAAAUAAUAAAGUUAAAAAGAUUUGGUUAAAUUCAUAUUGGUUUAAUAAUAGUUUUGUUGAAAAAUAUAUUAGCAGAAAAUCGGCUGAUAAUGAUAAAUCAAAUUCAAAUGGAUCAAAAGUUUUAUAUCGAACUAAUAAUACUAAUAAUAAUGGUUCAUUUAAUACUGGUCUUGAAUCUUCAAUAAUUGAAAUGUCAACAAAUAGCAACAAAGAAGAGUCUUCAUUAAAUAGUGUAGAUGAAAUUUAA